AUUUUUUUAAAUUUCUAACCUAAAACAUUCAAAAACUAUAUAAUGUUGAAGUUAAUUAGUUUACCCUUACCGACAGUUUCGUUAAUAUUUCUAGCUGUAACAUUAAUUCCUUGUUACAUUAAAUAUAAGAAAUUAAAGAAGAAAUACAAUGAACAAGUUCUAUUUAAAGAACGACAUAAUUGUGUUGUUAUGUAUACAGCUCAGUUAGGAAUGAAAGGCUGGCCGCCUUCAGAAGCUCGUAUUUGCCCUAAUAUUAUCGAAAAGGACUGUUUAGAUAGGAUGUACGAGCCGAUACUUUACUUUAUAAACACGUCUGUAAUCACUUUAGAUAUUGCUUAUAUGAUGAUUUCGAUAAACAAGAUUUACGAUGCUUUAUUCGAGGCUCGCAAAAGAGGCGUUGAAAUAAGAUUAAUCAUGAAUUUCGAUCACUGUAAAAGUGAUCUUUCAAGUAUUAGAAAAUGCAUUAAUCAAGGUAUUAAAGUACAACUCUACAUAUCGAAGAAAACUAAUCUUGAAAGCAUCAUGCAUUACAAGUCGAUGUUAAAAGAUUACGAGGAAAACAAACAAGGAUAUGUUAUGGCCGGUUCUAUGAAUCUGACAAAGACAGCAUUUUUGGACAAUUAUGAAGACUUAGUUUUUAUGUCUGACCUUAAUAUUGCUAGAGCUAUUCAUACCAACUUUGAGAAAUGUUGGAGAUACAUCAAGACUGAAAAUGAAAAUUUAGUAAAUAAAUCCACUCUUAUGGAACUGAACAUACUGGAAGAUAAUUAGUUUAUACUCCACUUCAAAUAACGGAUGUAAGUAAUUUUAUAAUUACUUUAUAGUUGUGUUUAGCGGAUUAACAGACUAGAGGAAAAUAGAAAUUGAAAUUGCCAGAACAUAUUCAAUGUUACUGUUACUAUUUUAAAUUAGUUCAGCUAACAAGAUUUUCUAAUUUAGUUUUAAUUACUUUUACGUCUCCGUUGUUCUGAACAAUUGCGCGGAAUUAAAAAAUUUCUGAGUAAUGAAAUUUUGUGAGAAUCACACAUAAUAGGAGUUUUUAAUGAAAUACUUGAGUUUCACAAUAAUUUUUUAAUAAAAAAUAAUCUAUGUACAAUAAACUAAAUACAAAGAUAACAGUAUUUACAGGAGUAUUAAAAGAUAUAUUGACGUUCAGUAUAAAAAAGACAAAAAUGUUUUUAAAUAAUAAUUAUAAAUAUAAUUUCAAUAUAUCAUAACCAAUUAGAUAUAUUAAAGAAUACUCAAAAAAAACUCUUAAAAUUUUUGUUAAAAUUGUUAAUAAAUUAUGUUUCAUAGUUUUUAAAAUAUGUUUCAAAAACAACAAUAAUUUCAUUUUUUGUUUAGAAUGUAUAAUAGAAUAUGAAUGAAAAUAUAAGUCUUUGAAAUAUACUGAAUGCAUUUAACGAUUGCAAUCGUUGGAAGCGACAAUAAAUUAGCCCCAGUCACAUGUAAAAAAACCAAAAAUAAAUUGGUGAAAGUGCGUAUACAAAUAGUAGGUAUAUUUGUUUAUAAAUUGCGGGGAUCGAAGCUUAUAGUAAAUAUUUGUGAAUCUGAAGGAUCCUAUUUUUUGUGUACUAUAGGUUCACUACAAUUUUCAGCACUGAAUUUUUGCUCCCUUGAUUUGUAUUACUUAUGUGAAAGAGACUCUAGACCCACGAGGUAUUUUCGUUCCAACUUCACAUACCUCUAACAAUGAGUCAUUUAUCUUUUUAUUAUUACCUAAAAUGUGGUUCACUGGUUUAGUAAUAAUCGGUAAUACUUAUAUACCAAUUUACAAUCAGUUUUGUUCUUAUUUAACUAAUUAUAACUAGGUUUGUUCCAAUAACAGACAGAAGCAUUUAGCAUAGAUAGAAUUGGUUUGGGCGUCAUCUUCUGCUAAUAAUUAAUUUCUACAUUUAAAGUUAAUAAUUAUGAAGGAUUUUUUGGCAAUUGUAUCACAAAAUAUUUAUACACCUAAAUGUUACGAGCAAGUUCUGAAUGAAAUGUAAGUUUACCAUUACACUAAAAUCUGAUUAUUUCUGAGAGGAGGAACAAACCCAUCGGAAAAACCAAACGGUUAGCGGAGGAAUUGGUCAUGCAUGAUUGAAUACUCGGAACAUCCAAUGAUUUUUUUCUAAACAUUUAAGUACAACAUCUUUUUCCGCCCAUUCAAAUAUCUCACGUUGUCCCCCAUUCGAACGGUAAGCGGCCUCAGUUCUUCUCGGAUAUCGUGCCUAAAGUACUGGUCGCGGGCUUAUCGGGCCUGUCCUCCGAACCGAACGUGGCCAACGGAUUCACCGUGAUGUUGGGGCGAGAUUUCGCCGGCCCUUCCAGGAAGAACGUCUCCAUGGUUCCUUUACCUUUGACUUUUAUGGUGCCCCUGCAUCUGGUCGGGUAACCCUUUGCUUGGAGGAUCUGGUUCACUUCCCUUGUUAU